CCAGCGUCAGCAUCGGCGGCGGACGAGACGCGCAGCACUGAAUGAUCCCGCGCACCGUGAACACAUCUUACCGACUACACACUUGAGUGUCACUGCACAGAGAAUACAGUCAAAGGUUUUUCACCAUUGUGGGACGGGGGAAUGAUAAACCCCGGAUCCCCCGGGCCGUUGUACUGUUCUUAAGGAUGCGAUCACUGAGCCCACCGUGGGCCUCGCUACUCACCGAGGCUUUCCUCAUCACAACAGUCGCCGUCAGCGCUGCAAUGGCAGUUGUGGGACAUUGUCCUCGGAGUCUGGACUGUGCCCGGGAGCGACGGCACUUCUGCCAGCCCAGCUCUUCACACUGCGGCCCAUGCCUAGACCCAUUUGUGGAGAACAAACGGGGGAAGUGUGUGAUCAGGAGACGAAAUCGCCCUGCAGUCAAGGUCAGCCAUCUCCCAGAGCUGGAUGAAGAGAUAGACAUUAUCUCCUCCAUCAUCAGCAAACACAGAGAAUCAGAGAUGAAACACUCAGGUAAGUGGCAUGUCUUCUGUGUUUUGUUAUCAUGCAGGCAACGAAGUGAUUCCAAGAUUCCUGAGUCAGGAGCCACUUCGGAUGAGGAAAAUGAAGACGGAGACUUCACUGUGUAUGAGUGCCCAGGACUUGCCCCAACCGGGGAAAUGGAAGUGAAGAAUCCACUGUUCGAUGACUCCACCUUUCAUCUUCACCUGCAGAGAAGUUACAACUAAACACGAGUUCUCAGAGGACACAUCACUUCACGCAUGCAAUCACAAUGGUGUGCUUUCCUCAUCUGAUCCAUUCAGGCAAGGUCACAAAAGUCAUCUGCACUUGCAGCAUGGUUCGUGUGGACAUUUGAGAGCAUUUUUCUUUUGUGCUGUUAAAUACAAGUUGACACUGGUGUUGCAGCUUCCAUCCAUGAACAGAAAACAGAAUGCAUUGCAACACUGACAUAAAUAAUUCACUUUGUUAACAUGUUGAUUCACACAUACACAAGCAUCCUUUCUAAAGACCAGCCCGUUUGGACCAGGACCCUGCGCUGUAGUAGCUUUCAGUUUAACGGCAAAUGUGUAAAAGCAUUGCAUGGAUUUCUGACCAAGAGUUGCACCCAUCCUGUAUAAUCAUGCACAGUUCGUGUCUCUUUCUUUACGUCUUCUGGACCUGUUUGAUAGUAACGUCCGCUAUAAACAUACUGUACGUAAGAGACUGGGCAACCUCGGUGCUCUCAAAAAGCUUGAACAUGAUCUGCUCUUGAUACCAGCUCAAGACUCAUUUAAUAUCAGGUCAUUGCUGAGUUCUGUUAGGACAUCUUCUGUAUUGUGAAUACUGUGCAAUGGAAAGGAAACUUAUUUAUAGAAUUAAUUGUUUGAACAUAUCUUGCCUGCAAACACUAGUCAUAUUUAGAACGGACGUGGAAGUUGAUGGACCUUGAGGAGCAACGUAAAUGAUACGAUUAGCAUAUUUUAUGGUUUCUUCUAC